UCAGGCCUAUCAGGCAUCGGGUUUGCGUAGUUGCUUGUCCCGUUCGAGUGGCACCAGAAUCCGUUCUACCGAUACAACGUUGCCCCGGCAACGGCAAUUGAUCGGGUUGAGCAGCUCCCGACCGAGUCAUCCCCCGUCCGCAGCACCAGGGGUACCAGGUGUAUAUUUUGUUUGCAGAACGUGGCAGAGGUUGGAAGGAAGCGGGGCUGAAUAACCCAGCCUAGUCGUGGCGCGGAAAGAUGGACUGUCGGCGACAGUAGAAAAGUGAGAAAAACGAGUGAAAAAGUGUUAUUUCCGUGUGUUCCGUCUGCUGCCUUCUGCCGGGGACUACGCCCGGCCAUCGCACCGACCGGCUCCUGCGGAAAACGUCAAUCGACGGACGGGACAGGCCGCUCUGCGAGAGUUUCCGGUGCGGCUCGGACCGUCUAGCGGCACGAAACUAUGGCCGUUGCUGCCUGCCUCAAAGCUUCCCAGUCCGUUGCUGUUGGGUACGCCGGUCAAACGCAGCUAGGUGGAGGCAUGAACGGCAUCGGGGGCGGCGUCGGGGGUCACUUGCAGAGCCAGCUGACCCGCUCGCUGGAACGCAUCCUAGAGGAUGCCCAUCUCAGUGGCGAGCUGAAGCUGAGCGGCCGCAAACUGAAGGACUUUCCGAAGGCUGCUGGCAAAUACAAUCUCAGUGACACUGUUAUCGCUGAUCUCUCCCGCAAUCGAUUUUGUGAGCUUCCAGACGACAUCACAUGUCUAGCGUUUCUCGAGCGCCUGUUGGUCUACCACAACACCAUCCGCUCGGUUCCGGAAACAAUCCGCGGCCUACACUCGCUUACGUACUUAGACUUAAGAAACAACCAACUUUCCGCGCUACCGCGCGAAAUCUGCACCCUACCUCUGCAGGUCCUACUGGUGUCCAACAAUCGGCUGGCGACACUACCCGAUGAGCUCGGUCGGAUGGACAAGCUAACCGAGCUGGAUGCGGCGUGCAACCAAAUAACGCAUCUUCCGGCCCGGAUGGGCGAUCUUCGCAGUCUGCGUUCGCUGAAUCUGCGCAGCAAUCAGCUCGUCUACUUGCCUCGUGAUCUCACCUGCCUGCAGCUGGCAUUUCUGGACAUCAGUAGCAACAAGAUUGCCACACUGCCGGUCGAACUUCGGCAGAUGAGCUCGCUGGUGGACUUGGAACUGUGCAACAAUCCGCUCACUUCUCCGCCGGCCAGUCUUUGCGUACGUGGACUGGUGCAUGUUUUCAAGUAUCUCGAAACGGUGGCGGCACGGGAAGAGAAAACCAAAACCGGCCUGGACGGGCACGCCACGUUGCGUCGGACCGCGCUGGCUGGGAAGAACAGUGGCAACUCGCUGCUGGACACUCACCAGCGGAAUCGACGCGCCCACGUUGACUCCGGCUACUGCACCAGCGACGGUGGGUUCGAGGGUAAGCGAUGGAUGCACGAGGAAGAUGCACAACACCUACCAAGCACCUCAUCGCCCAAAUGGUCCCCCAUUCCCUUGCACUCUGGUUUCACGACACUGCCGCGUGGCAUCGGGAGUAACCAUAAUACUGCCUCUACUCUGCCCUCAGGUGGACAGCAGGUUUCUCUAGCGGCUCACAAUUCAGCCGGUGGUGGCUUGAACGAUGCCAUAGCGGAAGGUGCCGGUGGUGUGGUGUGUUGGGAGGAAGAGUUCAGGAAGAAUGCUCAGCAGGAGCAACAUCAGGAUCGGAAGCAGCUGUCGAACAACAAUAGCAACGAUAUUUCUCCCGAGGGAGACCUGAUCACACCUGAUGGCACAAAGGCAGACGACAAGGCGCGCGCACUCUCCAACUACCAGACGUACCGCGAGUACAAAGAGGCCCUGCGGCAGCAGCGCAACCUGGACUCGGUGUACCGGAGCAAGGAUCAACCGCUAACACCGGACAGCGGCGGCUCGGCAACCGACUCACCGGUGAGCAACGUUUCGCCAUACACCAAGUCCAUCUCGUCCUCAUCCGUGUACAGCAGCAGCAGCCAAAGUUCUCCCGUUUCGCCGCAUCACGCCGGGAGUGUGCAAAAAAUGAACCAAAUCAACGCAAACGGUACCCACACGGCGGGCGGUGCCAAUCACUCCAGUCCGCUUCUCUCUCCUAACCGCAACGGUGGCCAAGGGUCGGCACACGAAGAAGGGGCCAGCGGCGGCGGCGGCACACCCAACAAACGUCCCGUGCAGAAGGUCAUUCCGUCGCGGAACAUUAGCUCGACACACCAAAGCCAACAGCCAUCGCCAACCCAUCUGAAUGGCAAUCACCAUCCGUCGUUCAGUGCCGGCUCCAGUUCCGUGGCCGGGAGUAAUGGUACGCAGGGAAAAAUUCCACUAGCGAAUGGAUCGGGAAAGACGUCAUCGCUGGCGGGAGCCGGCAGUCGUGCGGGCAGCGAGGAAUAUGCCUACGUCAAACCGAACAGUCCGUGCAAAACGACAAGCGGAAUUCUUACCCACAACAAUGUCCCUCCCUCGUCAAUACCGAAACCAACUGCACCGAAUGGCGGGGGAUUAACUUCACCGGUGCAAGCUGGCCAGAAGCCGUUAACUGCAACCGUGGGAUACGUCAAUAACGCUAAACCUGGACAGAAAACGAAUAAGACUGUCUCCUGGAACCGGGACGUACCCACGGAAAAGCUAAGCUUUACAAUGCGCCGUGAGUUUGACAAGCAAAAGGAAGAAACGGAACUGAUCGAACAGUUGCGGCAAAUCAUCGAAACACGCCUCAAAAUGUCACUCCCCGAGGAUAUUGCGCCGGCCCUGAUGGACGGUGUUGUAUUGUGUCACCUCGCAAACCACGUGCGACCCCGCUCGGUCGGCAGCAUCCACGUUCCAUCGUCUGCGGUGCCCAAGCUAACGAUGGCGCGAUGUCGAAGGAAUGUGGACUAUUUUCUCGAUGCAUGUCGCAGGAUCGGCGUUGAUGAGAAUCUACUGUGCUGCGCCGCGGACGUCCUGGAGGGUCGCGGGACAGUGCAGGUUGCGAUAACGGUGGUAGAGCUGCUCAAGUAUCAUAACCCGACCGCGAACGUUCGCUCGCCCACGCGCAACCUGUACGCGACCGGCAGUAGUAGCUUUAGUAGUGGAGGUAGUAGUACCGGCAGUACCGGCAGCAAUGGUGCCGGUGCCGGUGGGCCCAAGUCCAGCCCUUCCUCGUCGUCACUGUCGUCGUCCGUCAGCGGCAACGGUACAUGAGAUUCGGACAAUAACUAUCCCCCGCCGGGCAGCAGCGAUGCACCGUCGAGGCGAAGUUUACCGAACUCCUUGAUGACAAUCGCCGGAGGAAAGCUGUCAACGGUGGACGACGAAGUUUGGCGGAUUUAAACAUAUUGAGCACUUCUCAUUCAAAAUUAUUCUUCCUAUAUUCAUUCUGUGUCUCGUUGUAGGUCGCUGUGGUAAAAUCCAUUUUAUUUGUAAUUAUAUGUACAUAGGUUCUCAUUCUCUCGACGGGUUUAUGUUGGUUUAGUUUAACAAUCAGUUUCGCUGCACGAGCGGUAGAGUUUAUGGACAAUAUUUAUGACAAAAAACAAAAUAUAAAAUCAUCUAAUUUAUUCGAUCAACUCCCCCUUUUUCCCAUGCUGAUCAGUAGAUCGUAAAAGCAGUAAUGUUCCUCAGUCCGCUCUCAAGGCUAGACUUAUUGUAUUGUUUACCCCAAACUCUCAGCUUAUCGGAUGCUAGGGUAGGAAGUGUACGAUUGGCGAGAGCCUUUCAAUAUAGUAAACCCAUUUUUUGGUGUUACAAAGCGUUCUCUCAAAUAUAUAUAUCGACAGGGGCAGGUGUAGAAGGUCGGUGACAAAUGAUGCCAUGCUAGAAAGUAAAACCAGGGAAUUUGAAACUCCUAGAACACAGAACCGUUAAGGGUAGUACUAACUAUGAAGAUAAGUCUGAAUUUGCUAUGGAUUUUGAGGAAACCGGAAACUAUUCUAUGAAUAGGACCAUCAAAAACAGGUUUUAGAGAAUGUUUUAACGAGCGUCGGGAAUGGAAUAUACUUCGCACACGCAGGCGUAGGAAUGGUGUUCCAGUUCACAGGAUAAAGAUCAAACUAUUGCAUUACUUCAGGUUUCUCCUAUAUUACGCAAAUAUUCAAUCGCGAGUGAUUUUAUUGUAGACAAACUCGAAUGCACUGUGUCUGAUAGAAAAUAGAAAACGGAGAAAGUGUCGAUCGUCGAAAAACCGCAUUCAAGCGUGUUGGGUUGCUUUAGCUCAAUCAGGUGAAGCCAAAUUGAACAAACUACUACAAGUCUUGGAUUGGUGGAGGUCCGUCGGCUGAGAUUUGAGUGUAAACGAAUGCCAAGGCAUAAAAAAGUAUUAAGCGAAGGAUUUAAUCUCGUCACACUUCGAUUGCAAUAAACAGGAAUAAAUAUCAACGUAAGCAAUAUGCAAUAAAAAUUCUUACA